CCCAAUCUUUGAGUAUUGCUUCUCAUCUGAUUGUUCAUUGGCAUUGGUCCUUUCGCUCACCACGGUCGUCCCCAUCAACCGCAUUGGGAGCGGAAGCACGUGCAUAGCCUAUGGAUGAUAAGGAGAAAGAGAAAGAGAAAGAGAAGGAGAAGCAUGAGGGGAACCACAUUGAGGAGGAAGAAGAGAACGAAGAAGGUAACAAGCGCAUCGUUGUGCUUGGCCCCCAGGUUCCCCUAAAGGAACAGCUUGAGCUCGACAAGGAUGACGAGAGCCUGAGGAGGUGGAAGGAGCAACUCCUUGGGCAAGUUGAUACAGAACAGCUUGGAGAAACUGCGGAGCCAGAGGUAAAGGUUAUGAACCUGACCAUCUUAUCACCGGGCCGACCAGAUCUGGUCCUGCCAAUCCCAUUUCAGGCUGAUGAGAAGGGCUACGCGUUUGCCCUCAAGGAUGGCAGCCCCUACAGCUUCCGAUUCUCCUUCAUUGUCUCUAACAACAUUGUGUCAGGCCUCAAGUACACCAACAUUGUCUGGAAAACUGGAGUAAGAGUGGAGAACCAGAAGAUGAUGUUGGGGACGUUCAGUCCCCAGCUAGAGCCCUACGUGUAUGAGGGUGAAGAAGAGACCACCCCUGCUGGAAUUUUUGCCAGAGGUUCCUAUUCUGCUAAACUAAAGUUUGUUGAUGAUGAUGGCAAGUGCUACUUGGAGAUGAGUUACUACUUUGAGAUUAGGAAGGAGUGGCCAGGAGCCCAAUGAUGUGGAUGGAGCAAGGCCGGCUUA